AUGAACGGGAUUGACGAGGAACAAAUGGGGCCACAGACCUUUCUCUAUGGUGAGAUACCCUCACUUUGUUUUGUUAACUGGCAUAAUUUGGUGUUUUCGGUAUAAUUUAAAUUCCAUAUCAGCUAACGGUAGUUAGAAAGAAAAAGGGCUGUUCAUCAGACACCAACAUCGCACGAGGUAGGUAGCUACACAGCCAGCACAAUUGGCUAGCUACAGUAACUAGUUAGCUACAAUUAAUUGGGGGAUGUGAGUUUCGUGAACUUAUGGUCCAGUAACGUUAACAUUACUAUUUCUGAAUAUAAUGUCAUUGUUACAAUGUUUGGGAAUGGGAAUAAUUGACCCAGUUGUCAGCUUGGUAGUUAGCCACGAGACAUGAACUCCGGCACCGAACGUUAGCCGGUAUUAGUUAGCUAGCAAACCAUCUUGAGACCUUAGGUAGAAAGCAAGCUUAGCUACAUUGGGUAAAAUAUGGGUAAUGCUUUUAUGCAUAUUGGUGCCCUGGUUGAUUUAAUUUGUUGUGGUAGCUGGGUCAGACUGAUGGUAAAUUCACAUUGUUUGACAAAGUUGACAUUACAGGGAAGGCUAGCUGGCCCUCCAUGCGUUUAACAUUUCUGAACACGUGCUUUGAAGAUGGCGCACGAGGCGGUCUAGAAAUGUGUUCAUGCAACGCAGCAAGAUUUUGUUAACGUUGCCUCCUAAAUUGCUAGUUUUGGCUAAAACGGUUUAACUAGUUACCUGUAAUAAUUUAUCCACUUUCAUUAAGUUACAUUUGAUUAAUGCAUGACAUGCUUUGUUAGGGAGUUGGCGUUAACAGCCAGAUUGAAAUGGUGAUUGGACAAUAAACAUAAUAUGUGAUGAACUCCAAAUUGUACAUGCGAUGUCUUUUGUAAAUUGUUGUGUAAAGUUAGUUCGACUCAUAUUAAAUAUUUUAAUAGCAACAUGUCUAACAGCUAGUUGCAUUGAACACGUUCCCUUUGUCAGGGCUCACAUGUUGGCCUAGCCUCAGUCAGACCUAACUGGGAGAAGUCCAGGGAAGGGCUACCUUGUCCACAAGUUACCGGUUUAGGUGCACGAUUUUCCUCCAGCCAAAGCACAAACACAACUGAUUCAACAUAGCAUAGUCUUAAGUUGAGUCUUUAUUAGUUGUAUCUGAAGUCUUACCAAUUUAUUACAGGGUAAUAAAUUGCCCACCCCAACAUUGGACCCCUUUCCCUGAGUUGAUGGCAAUGUAGUAUUUUCUCAUAUGUAAUUGACCCUUUAUUUCAACAGGGUGCGCGUUGAAAUCUGGGAAGGAUAUUGUCUUCAACCCAGAAGAGGAUGACUUUGAGCACCAGCUGGACUUAAGGAUGGUGAGGGUUACUGGUGCAUCUUUUCUAUAGAAUUUUAAUUGAUGGCAAGAUAUCUGUUUAACCAUUUCUCAUUAUAGGUAUGAUGAAAUAUUUCUGAACUUGGUGUCUCCUGUUGAUUGCUCUUAGGUGUGUGUGGACCCCAGCACCAAGGAUGAGCUGCAUGUUGUGGAGGUGGAAGGACAGGACGCAGAGGGUGAGAAGGUGAAGGUUGUGCUAGCUGCACUCAAACCCUCCACCUUGCCAAGUGUGAGUAGUCAAACAUAAGUGUCAUCAAUACUUCUGUUCUGUUCCUGAAUGGGAGAUGGUGGUUGUAUGGCCUGUGUAGAGUUCAUGCUGAUUUAAGGAGUUAAUUGUGUGUUGCAGGUGUGUCUUAGUGGGUUCGCAAUCACAUCCCCAGCAGUUUUCCGUCUCAAGGCUGGUUCCGGUCCAAUCCACAUCAGUGGCCAGCACCUUGUCAGUGAGUAUGGCUUAUCUCAGGACAAUGUUACUCCCAUGGUAUCUUUAGUGCUGCCAUGGCCUCUGUAGUCAGAUAUGAUACUGGUUGAGAUUAUCUACUGAUGCGUUUUCAACACUGAGACUGAAAAUGUCAAUUUCUGGGAGAAUUAUUUGAUCGAUUUAAUCCUUUUUAAAUUGUCGUGUCCUAUCCACUCAAAGUUAACGCAUUGUUUUUCCACCAGUGAUGGGAGGAGACCAAACUUUGGACGAUGAAGAGGAAGAAGAGGUACAAACGUCCAAGAAAAGGCCUGCAUCUGUACCAGCACUUAAAUCUCAGGUUAGUCCCGAAUACUGGCCUUUAAGCCGAAACGCCAGCUGGAAAAUACCCUGCGUUACGGAAUGUACAUGUCUGGUGCCCUAAUAUCGCAUGGCCUCUAGUCGAAGAUGAUUUGUUGAGCUGAUUUACUGACCCAUAUUCACCACUGCUUACCAAAAGACUGAAGACGGCCGUUCACAUUUCUUAGAGAAUGUUAUCCGCUCUUGCUUCACACAUCCUCACCUCAUGACACUUACCAUGUCCUUCCCUUUCUACCCUUCACAGAAGAAGAUGAAGAUGGAUGAUGAUGAAGAUGAGGAGUAAGUGUAGUGUUUGACUGACUAACCAGUGUUCCCUGCUGAGGUUUUUAUAAAGAGUUGAUUUGUAACACGUCUCCUCUUUAGGGAUGAUGAAGAGGAGAGUGAGGCUGAAGAAACUCCUGUUAAGGUUAGUGCCUUUAUUUGCACAACUGUAAUUUAGUUUAUUUAAGCCUAUUCUCAUUCUACCUUUGAAAAUGACACUAGAAACCUCUGUUUUACUCAGGUUAAGCAGACUCCGUCCAAACCUCGGACUCCUGCCCAGAAUGGAAAGGGCCCUAAAGCCAACACACCAGCUGGAAAACAGGUAGUCCUCUUUACGCAUCUUCUGCCCUACCAUUACAUGGUUUCUAGUCGAAGAUGAUAUUUGUUGAGCUGAUGGUUAACUGAAGCAUUUUCAACACUGCUUACCAAAAGACUGAGACUGAAGAUGACCACUCCCAUAUCUGAGAGUAUUAUUGUAGUGAUGUAACAUGACUAACAUACAUGUCUUGUCUAACAAUUUCUCUGAUUUUCAGUCAAAGACGCCUGACAAGGGCAAGGGUGACAAAAAUGGCCAGACCCCCAAAGCAACCCCUAAAACACCUCUGACCCCCAAACCAGUCCUCACCGUCCCUGAGCUGAAGGCCAAGAUGAAGGUGACUGUGGAGAAGGUUGGUGUCUGAUGUGUUCUGUGUAUGAUAUUAUCUGGAAAUACACUGGCCUUACACUGAGAUUGGAUGAGCUGAUCUAGCUGAUGUACGUUAAAAUACUGUUAACCAAAAGACAGAACGAACACAAUGCUAAAGGGACACAUCUAAAUACCUAUAGUAAUGUCAUAUAUUGUUAUUUCAGGGAGUGAACCUGCCUAAACUCCAGCCCAAGUUCGAGAGCUUUGUGAAGAACAGCUUCAGAGUCACAGACACCAAGGUAUGGAAAUGCUCCUCAGGAACUUUGUGAAAUUUGACUUGUCUGUCAGGAACGCAAUGUGGUUCAAUUGUAUGUUUGGGAAAUGACAACCAUAGUGCUGUCAGGGAAAACAUCCCUGAAGCGCAAUGAAGACAAUUCUGAUUUUGAUCAGCAGUGAGAAACACACACUAAUACCUUUAAGAAGUUCUGAGCUCUCACCAAUGACAUGUUUUGUGACCAGUACAAUGACAAUUACGAUUUAUACUUUGGUAAAUGUGUUUUCCCCGUCUUUUUUCAGAUCAUAGAAGAACUGUGGAAGUGGAGACAGACUGUGGAAGACAAAAAAUAACUAUUUUUGGUUGAACCUUUUUUUAGUUUUCUUAUUUUGCAACCACCACACCCCUUCCACACACACACAUUUGGCCUGCUCUGCCCUCUCCUGGCCCUUCCCAUGUCUGAAUCAAACUGCCACAGCAUUUAGCCCGUCCAGUCCCCAGUGCCCUGCUGUGGCACACCGACUAGUAUGGAUCUAAUAAGACUGAGCCCCAUGGCACUACCGGCACCAUGACCCUCUCAGAGGACGGGGGGGGUGAUACUAUUCCAGCUUUCAU